GUGGAUGGCUAUGGUGUCGCAGCCCAACACACACACACACAUACCACGUUGCGGAGGGGGACAUUUUGGAUGCGGAGCUUCCUACGUCACAGCAGGAAACAGAUUGAAAAUGAAACCUCUCCUCAGCGAAACAUCCGCCAACUUCCUGCUGAACGCGUCGAUGCUGUUUAAGGAAACAUGUCCGGAGCUCUCACGGUUCUACAUGCAGGGGUCUGUGAAAGCAAAUACCAAGGCAACAGUGAAGAAGAGAUCCUCCUGCCCGUUGCAGAGCACCUCGGUGUGUUCGCACUGUUUUCAGUGGCUGCAACCCGACAACCACCGGGUCCGGCUGCGGCCGAAGCCACGGCCAUCAGCUCGGGUGUGGAGCAUCCUGCGCAGACACGCCAAGCGGAAACAUCUCAGCCUGGCGCAGAAACAUCUGCUGCGCCGCUUCAAAAAGUCCUCCUCAGUUCUGAUGGCCACCUGCAACACCUGUAAUCAGACAUCCAGACACAGAGGAAUGAACCGGGACUACAUUGCCACCAUCGCCAGGACCCACAGCACCCCGGGGAGCGCCAGCAAACCCCGGACUCCCCAGUCCACCAGCAGGUCCAACAUGUCUACCCCGAAAACUGCUAGCAAAGACAAGACACCUGCUCACACACCCAGGUCGUCCACCUCCUCCAACACUUCAGGGUCGGGCUCAUCUGCUUCCAAGACUCCCUCCAAAUCCAAAAACUGGGUCGUCCAGCGUCUCAGCAAGAUUCUCCUGCGCGAGGACAGCAAGAGCAGCAAGAAGGGCGGCUUGAAAGAUUUUCUGUCCUCACUUUGAGUAUCUCUUAUCUACUUAAAAAAACAAGUGCUUGAACCUGUUUUGUAACUGAAGGGGAACUAAAGAGAGUAACUUUGGUUUCUGAGCCCGAGUGGGAAGAAUCCCAGUUUGCCCACCGCCACACAACUAUUAAUGGGCUGUGUGGAAUGGCGCUUGUGGAGGCAAGUGAAUGCAGAAAGUGUCAGCACGGGGGGGAGGGGGGCUGGUUAUUUCAACUGUAAAUCAGCGUUAUCGUAUCUUCUGCUGAGCCUAUCAGAGGAGCGUGCUUCUUUUGUCUAAUUUAGCACACGCCUCUUAUGAUCCCCUGAACAGGGAAUAUUUCUUUAAGCGGAAGGUCUGAGGAAUUCUUUCAGGAAUUUAUCAAAAGGCUGAAACAUCACAGGAAACAUUUCUUUGCUCCGUGGUGGCCUGUGUGGCUUGUUGAGCUGGUUUACAUGCCGAUAUCCUGCUCCAUUUUGGAUUUUCUUUUCUAAAGUCACAAUUAUACCUUUAUGUAACCAAAUAAGUAUUUGGUGGUCAAACUACUUGAUUUGAAACUUUUCUAUUUGAAUGUAUUAACUUGCUUUAUUUUUACUCUUAAGUAAGAGGCUGUGCCUGUAUUUUGAUGCCGCUGGCUAAACGUGACCGAUUUCACCGAUAUUCUGUAAUUAUGUUGUAAAUGCUAUUGCAUUUUUUUUACAUGCAAAAAAAUAUAUAUUUAGAUUGUGCAAGUCACCAGUGAAGAUAUUUGUAAUCAUUAUUAAAAAUGGGACUCACCAGUUGUUGUUUACAUUAUUUAGGCUCAUCUGCCCGAGCCUGUACACACAAGACUUAUUGACUUUUCGUCAUUCACUUUUCUUUAUACAUUUUCUUUGAGUAUGUAUUUGUCUUUUAUUAAGAGAAGAAAAAUGUAAUAUCUACUGCAUUGUUGUACUGCCUGAUGUCCUGACCUGUUGUCCAUUGGCUGUUCAGUGUACAGUGUGUUUAGGUCCUGAAAUACCCCACAUUUGUAUUCCACCGGCAUCCUGAUUUUCUCAAAUAAAAUCUUUUCAGUCUGUUCAA